GCCCCACUCGCUUCCGUUUCGCUCCGCUCCGCUCCAUUCCACUGCAGCACUGCCCCAUCUGCUGCUGCUUCCUCGGGGAAUGCGACCGCGCGCCCAACCAUGCCUCGCCUGGAGCCCGCGCUAGGGUUCCCAUCAGCCGCCACUGGCCCCGCCCGCGCGUCCGAGCCACCGCCCGAGCGCCGGAGCAAGAAGCCGCCGCCGAGGCGGAGGCGACCGGCCGGCGCCGCACCGCAGCAACCGGUGGGGCCCCGCGGCGCGUCCGAUCCAGAUCCGGCGCCCUCCUCCUCCGCGACUCUGCCGCUCCCCAGCAGCCGCAGCGGCUUCGCUUCGCGUGGCACCGCUCCACGAGACGAGGAGGGGAGAGACGGCGCGAGCUCGGCUGAGUCGGAGGAAGCGGCGGAGGCAACCAAUGAUUCGUUCUCCUACUCGCUAAGAGAGUGCCAGAAGCAGCGCCAGCUUAAAUCAGAGGGGUCUGCAUUGGCGCGGCCGCUGGCCUCGCAUGAGCUGAACGGUGGCGGCGUGGGGGGUAUUGAGCUGUUAGUGCUCUCGCCGAGGUGUUUGAUUGGGGGUAACACGGGAGGAAUGAGCAAGAGCUCAACGGCAUCAUCGCGGAGCAGAUCAGGCACAGGCACGUUCCCAAGCCCUGGGACUCCGAACUACAACCGGCAUUGUGCUGGCAGCAUGCAGUACUCCAAGGGUUGGAGUUCAGAGCGUGUGCCACUGGGCACAGGUAGCAAUAGAAGGUAUGGGGGCAGUGGGGUUGUGCUUCCUUUUAAUAAUGGGAGGAAGCUACCAUCAAAAUGGGAGGAUGCAGAGAAGUGGAUCCUGAGUCCAGUUUCCUGUGAUGGGAUUGGACGGAUGUCAGCACCGGCUCCGCAUCAUAGACGGCCCAAGUCGAAGAGUGGGCCACUUGGCCACCCUGCUGGCAUUCCGGGAGCUUACGCAGCUGUUUCACCCUUUGUACCCUGCUUUGAUGGUGUUCUCGCAGCAGCUAAUUUUGCAGCGCAUUCACCUUUCUCUGCUGGGGUUCUCAUACCAGAGCACGGGCGCAUUGGCGACUUCAGCAGUGGAAGAGGCAGAUGUCGUGAUGAUGACAGCAGCAGAUCAUACUCUGCAGAGAAGGAGCCGUAUAUAUUGAGAUCCGCAAGUAUACAUGCGUGGACAGAAACACUUAUGGAGGCAUCUGCUUUUGCUAAUAUCUCAGAAGAAGCUGCACGAGAUGAUAAACAGCCAGGCAAGCGGGAAGCAACUUCUGUGAUUUCCAGUCCAGUCAUAAAGAAAGAUGUCGCAACACAGAUGAGUCCUGAGGAUAGUAUAUCGUCUUCUCCUAAAGCGAGGCAUUCCUGCUCCAGCUUGCCAUCAGGACAUCUGAUUAAAGAAGCAAAUAGUCAUAUACCUAAACCUGAAAUCAGGGACGUGCAGGUAGAUGAUCAAGUAACUGUAACCCGGUGGUCCAAGCGACAUGUAACACGAGGCUCUGAUAAGCGGUCAACAAAUCUUAUUGAAUGGAGGAAGAAGACCAUUGAAACUCGGGCUCCAUCUUUUGAUGAAAAAGAAAGAGAAAGAUGCAUGUCAAAGUGCAGAAGGGAGGAAGCAAAGAUCACUGCUUGGGAAAAUCUACAGAAAGCAAAAGCAGAGGCAGCUAUCCGGAAGUUGGAGAUGAAGCUUGAAAAGAAAAGAUCAUCGUCAAUGGAUAAAAUUUUAGGCAAACUCCGUUCUGCUCAGAAGAAAGCACAAGACAUGCGAUGUGCAGUUUCUGCUAGUGAAGAUCAAUGUGGUGUGAGGGCAACCAAGAAGGCAUCUUCCUUUGUUAAAACUGGCAAGCCUUUCAGCUGCUGCUUCACCUACCGUGCUUGCUAGUUGUGGUAUAGUUGGUGACUGUGGGUGCAACAGUUUAUAUAGAAAUUUUUCGAAUGUUACAGAUCAUGCCAACAGAUAUGGACUUUUGACUACAAAUUGUGGGGGGCAGUCGGUUGGCUUUUGUGCUGUGGACGUAAUGGGAGUUGUUAAAAGGUAGUUUGCACAAUCCGAUGACUGACAUACCAAUGUGGAGUAGUAGAUGUCGAAGUCAUUGAGCGAAGUCAACUCAUGUAGCCAACACUAUGGAUCACUCAGUACCCUGCGUCUCCAAUCUAUAUAUACACCCAGUAGAAGAAGCUCCUUUCUUGAGCUUCAUGCUAGUUAAAUGCCAGAUUGAGCUGGCAUUCAUUCCGCUUGAUGUGUAUCUUUCCAUGGAAUUGUGUAUGUAUUGCAAAUCAUGGGGGUAUUGAAAGAAGUUAUUAGAGCUGCACGGCUACACCCUUAAAA